UUGGCAUUGCAACCAACGCUGCCAUCUACUCUCGUUGCUUGGGAUCUGAAAUACCGAUUGUGAGGCAGAGACCGCGAGGAGAUGGCGACCCACGGAAAGAGAGUCUACACCUUGGCCGACGUCGCCGCCCACAGUUCCCGCAAUGACUGUUGGCUCGUCAUCGGCGGCAAGGUUUAUGAUGUGACCAAAUUCUUAGAAGACCACCCUGGAGGAGAAGAGGUUUUGUUGGCAUCAGUCGGGAAAGACUCGACUAAUGAUUUUGAAGACAUCGGGCACACGAAAAACGCAAGGGCGAUCAUGGCCCAGUAUUUCGUCGGCGAGAUCGACGCGGCGUCCAUCCCUACAAAAAUCAAAUACACUCCUCCCAAGCAACCUUUCUACAAUCAGGACAAGACUCCCCAGUUCAUCCUUAAACUCGUCCAGCUUUUGAUCCCGGUGACCAUCCUGGCGCUGGCUCUGAGUGUCAGAAUCUACACCAACCAAUCGACUUAAGAAUCUCCUCCCCUCCCCUACUACAACAAUUAAUAUAUAUGUACCACAAGUGUAGACCCCUGUGUCGUCCUUGUUGUUGACCGCUUGAUUUCCCCUCAUUUAAUUUGUGCGAUCGAAUAA